AAGUCCCAACUCUCAUGGAGUGGAGGUCUCUCUGAAGCCAAAUGCCUUUGUGAUAGUCACCACGGGUCCAUCCCCAACAUAGAAGAAGAUCGAGCAAGACAAGAACAGAACACAGAAAGAUAGAAGUCAGAAGAACAACCUCAAACUCCUCUGCUUCUUUCCACCAUGCACGCUUCAAUCUCGAUCUAGGACUCGCCCUUUCCACUCGUGUCAUGGAUGCCAAUGAAGAUUUGAGUCCUAGAGUCAUGGAUGACAAUGAAGAUUUGAGUCCUAGAGCUGGUAUGGAAUUUGAUACAUUAGAAGAUGCAUGGGAAUUUUGGCUAAAAUAUGGAAGGCAAAUGGGCUUUGAUGUUAGAAAGAAUUACAUAAAUAAAAGUAAGAAGGAUGGAAAGAUAACAUCAAGGGGAUUUGUAUGUGCAAAGCAGGGCAUUCGAGGUUCAGAAAAAGAAGAUAUGAUUCGCACUCGUAACCGAGACGAUACAAGGACUAAUUGUCCUGUAAAGCUGUAUGUUUCAUUAGUGCGAGAAACUGGAAAGUAUAAAUACUUCUUGGAUGUUGGAAACACAAAGGAUGUUGGAAACACAACACUUUUUUGGCUAAUAUUGAUUUUGCAGUAUGAUGGAUAACAUUUUUUGGACAGUUUGUUUGAUAGUAUAUUGCACAGUGGACAUGGUAGCAUAUUGCACAGUGGACAGCUUUGCCUUGGACAGUUUCUUGGAUAGCAAAUCUAACUUAUUUAGACAACUGAUUGCACAUGUAGCAAAUUUUUUGGAUAAUUUUUGUAACUAAAAAAGUUAGUCAAACAUGUUAAAUAUGUUAGAUUGUACAAGUGCAUGUUUGAGUAACUUCUAGUUAAAUAUUAAUUAUAUA